AGCGAUGGGAUCCCGUGGUCGGAGGAGCGGCUGAUGCGAAAGGUGCUUUACCUCUCCCUCAAGGAGUUUCGGAGCACGCAGAAACGGCAGCUGGACGGCCAUGGGAGCACCCACCAAAACGGCUCCCUAGCCAACGGGCCGCUCAACGGCUCGGUGUCCUUGGGCGGCCACAAAGACGGCGUCUCGCUGCACGCGUCGGGCCAGGACGAGGGCGGCGACUUCUGCGAGGACGGCCCGGCCAAGAAAAGGCCUCGCCUGCAGGCUCAGAGGAAGUUCGCCCAGUCACAGCCCAACUCGCCCAGCACCACCCCCAUCAAGGUGGCCGAGCCGGCCGCCCUUAACGUGGGUCCGGCCGUCCCCGCAACGGUCGCCGCCCCCUCCUCAUCACCGCCGACGCUCUCGUCGUCGUCGUUCGCCGCCUCGUCUUUGUCAUCGUCCAUCCAGGACCUGUCCAGACGGAAACCCAAGACUGAGGACUUCCUCACCUUCCUCUGCCUUCGAGGUUCGCCGGCGUUGCCCAACAACAUGGCCUACUUCGGCAGCUCCCAGGAGGACGACGACUUGGGGGAGGCGGAGGACGACCGCGACGAGCAGCUGAAGAACGGCAGCCUAUCGCACGGCGUUGCGUGCGGUGGCCACGCUUCAGCUUCCUCUUCCUGCCACUCCACGCCGCGCAAAGGGAAGCCCAUCGCCCGACAACCGCUCAAUGGUCAUGUGUUCAACAACCACGGCAAAGCGGGGACGCGAGAGAGCCCUCGACCCAAGGCGGCGACAGGGGCGGCAGCGCCUCCCCCGCCCCCGCCGCCCCUCCUGAGGGAGCGUAGCGAGCGUGCAGAGGCGCGGGAACACGUCAGGAUGUUGCAGGCCAUGGCCUCAGCUAACGCCGGCGCCGCUAAAGGCCUUGCCACCAGGAGGGCCACUGAGGAACUGCGAAAGCAGGUAUCGCGGGUGAACGGUCUGACGCGUCUGAGCGCCCUGCAGGCGGCCGCCAAGAGAAGCCGCGACUUGCGUCUGCCGUCCAAAACUGUGAAGAGGUAUACGGCCACCGUGUCCAAGGGCCACGUCACCUACACCAAAGCCAAGCAGAGGGAACUGGGCAAGAAAACCAAACUCAGCAGCAAUGACAACGCGAACAAUCACAAUCAGCACAGCCAGCCAGCAGCCAGCAACGGGCUGACCCACUCAGGAAAAGCAGCAGCAGCAGCCUAUCACAGCAAUGCAAAAACUCGCAAACAGGUGCUACUCUCCAACGGGCCGCAGAGGGGCGACCUCAACGGCCGGCUCAACGGCCAGCGCCGCGACGACAGGGACGAGGCGCGCGAGAGUGACCACUCCGGGCGGGAGGGCCUGCGCAACUCAAAACGGCGGUCAGAGGUGGCGGAGGCGCCGAAGCCAGGCCGGGAUCCGAAGAAGGCCCGGCCGCAGCCGCCUCCGCCGGAGCCCCGCGGCAAGAAAGCGGGUCCCGUGCGCUCGGCCGCCCCCAGCACGCCGGUCUCCAACGGGCGUCUGUCGCAGCCGCCGCCGCCCCCCGAGACGGCCGCGCUCCCGUCGUCGCCACCCCAGGCGCAGCAGUCGUCCUCCACGCCAGCGGAGUCGCUCAACCAGCGGCCCCGCCGAGCGUCGGCCGGCAAGCUGAUGUUGAUCCGACAGGCGCAGCGGCAGCUGAGCAGGUCUCACGCCCGCACCUCUUCUUCCCCGUCGCCCGGGCGUAAUCACGGGCGCGGCGCUACCUCAGACCCCCGCCGGACCUCCCCGCCGGCCUCCCCCCUGCCAGGGCCACUCGGGAGCCCGCUCGCGUCCCACCGCGACAAGGAGUGGGAGCGCGAGAAGGAGCUGACGCGGCAGACGGAGCGUGACCAGGAGAAGGAGCGGGGGCCACGUAGGAGCCGCCCCGAGGGCUGGGCGGCCCUGGCCGAGGUGCCCGUCUUCCGCCCGCCAACCGCUGACUUCCAGGACCCCGUGGCCUACCUGGACGGCGUGCGGGAGCGGGCCGAAGCGGCCGGCUUGUGCCGCGUGGUGCCGCCGCCCGACUGGCGGCCCGAGUGCAAGCUGAGCGAGGAGAUGCGCUUUGUCACCACUGUGCAGAGGGUCCACAUGCUGGGCCGCCGAUGGGGCCCCAACGUGCAGCGGCUGGCCUGCAUACGAAAACACCUCAAAUCUCAGGGCAUCUCUAUGGACGAGCCACCCGUCAUCGGUGGCUGCGAAGUGGACCUGGCGCGCUUCUUCCACCUGAUCAAUGACAUGGGCGGCAUGCAGCAGGCCAUGGACUUGAAGAAGUGGACCAAGCUGGCCGACCUGCUGCGCAUCCCCAAGUCGGCGCAGGACCGCCUGGCCAAGUUGCAGGAGGCCUACCUGCGCUACCUGCUGGCCUACGACUCUCUGGGCACCGACGAGCGGCUCCGCUUGCAGGCCGAGGUGUUGCAGGAGAAGCGGCACCUGGAGGCGCGGCACGGGCCCCUGGAGGGCCUGGCGGACUCGUCGGCGCCGGCGCUUCCUCGCUACGAGCCCAAAAACGGGCUGGCGGGCGGCGUGGUGGGCGGCAACGGCGUCUACCAGCAUCUGAAGGAUCUGGAGGCUCAGGUCAAAGCCGGCCGACGACGCCUCUUCGCUCAGGAAAAAGAGGAUGGGCGCCGCGCGGCCGACGAGCGGGACGUCGACGACAUCCUCGGCGAGCAGCACAAAUGUAUUUACAAGGGCAAGUCAGUGUCGUUGACCAACUUCUUCCGGAUAGCGCGCAACACCAUGAGCAUGUGCUUCAACAAGGAGCCCGUCGCCGCCGAAGUGGAGCAAGAGUACUGGCGCAUCAUUGAGCAGCGCGACAGCCACGUGGCCGUGCAUUGUGGGAAAGUGGACACCAGCACGCACGGAAGCGGGUUCCCCACCGGGAAGUCGGAGCCAUUUUCAAAACACGGGUGGAACCUCACCGUCCUUCCCAAUAAUUCGGGGUCCAUCCUAAGGCAUCUCGGUGCUGUGCCCGGGGUCACCGUUCCCUGGCUGAACGUCGGCAUGGUCUUUUCUACCUCAUGCUGGUCUCGAGACCAAAAUCGCCUUCCGUACAUUGAUUACCUUCACACUGGUGCUGAUUGCAUUUGGUAUUGCAUCCCUGCUGAGGAAAAGUCCAAACUGGACAAGGUGGUCCACACGCUGCUUCAGGCCAACGGGACGCCCGGACUGGAAAUGCUGGAGAAGAACAUCAUGAUUUCUCCAGAGGUGCUGUGCCGCGAGGGCAUCCGCGUCCACCGCACGGUGCAGCGCAGCGGGCAGUUUGUGGUCUGCUACCCCGGCGCGUUUGUCUCCAAAGUUUGCUGCGGUUACAGCGUGUCCGAGACGGUCCACUUCGCCACGCCAAACUGGAUCCAGCUGGGCUACCAGGCCGCCAAGGACCUGAAGUGCCGGCGCAUAGCCAAGCCCUUUUCCAUGGAGAAGCUCCUCUACCAGAUCGCCACGGCCGAGUCCAAACGGGACAACGGCCUCCUGCUCACCACCGUCGCCGGCCUCCUCAAAGACCUCAGGAACCUGGAGAUGCGGCAGCGCCGCGAGCUGUUCACGGCCGGCCUACAGUCGGCGGCCCGCUACGGCGCUCACGACGAAGGUCGCAAGAAGCCGCGCGGAAAGUGGACGGCGCUGGAGUCCUCCGAGAGACGCUGCCAGAUCUGCCACCACCUCUGCUACUUGUCCAUGGUGGUGCAAGAGACAGACAACGUGGUGUUCUGCCUGGAGUGCGCGCUGCGCUACGUGGAGAAGCACAAGACGGGCCGAGGCCUCAAGAUGAUGUACAGAUACGACGAGGAGCAAAUCGACAACUUGGUGAAGCAGGUAUGCGGUCGAGCCACGUUGAAAAGCGGUGGGAGUGUGGCGACCAGCGGGGGCGAGGCCUGCCGCCGCCCCGUCAGCCCCGCCAAAGCCUCGCCGGCCAAGCGCGGCGCCCCCCGCAAGCGCGCCGUCGUGGAGGUGUCGCUGUCCCGCCUGCCGCCCGAGACGGCCGCCGUGUCCUGA